AUGUCAAAGGAAGAGGACAUUGAGCAGCUUAUUGACCAAGAAGAGCAGUUCAAAACUAUUAAUCGAUCAGCUGAUAAGCUUCAACAUGCCGCUCAGAUCACUCCUUCAAUAGCUCUUUCUCGAAUGGAGUAUCUACAAACAAUCUGGGGACAGUGCACUCAGCGGCAUCUUCGUUUGAUGCAAUUCAGCAAGGAUGAAGAAUUUGCGACUCAGCUGUACUUCACGGAAAACCGAUAUGCUGCAAUGGAGGAUAUUUGUAUCGACACCGUUGCAGCGUACAAGGACAUCCUUCAACAAACAUCACCUCCACCAGUUCAAGCCGCCGGGAUUGCGGAGCCACGAAAAGUGGCCAAGAUACCUCUCUUAAAACUACCAAGAUUUUCCGCCCUGGAAGCGUCAGGAAGUGCGCCGAGUAAAACCGUGCCGACUACGCAUUCUCGAUCUAAUGCACCAUUCGCGGAACCAUCGUCGCGGACCAUCGUCGCGGACCAUCGUCGCGGAAAGUGCAAAGCCAUCAUGGCAAUGCGACUGCGAAACCAUGCAGUUUAUGUGAUGACUCGCAUGCAUUAUAUCAGUACGUCGUGUAAUCGAUCAGUUGUUGACCCAUCAACAACUGACGACGUGCGCCACUCACCUAGCACGUCCGAUGCACCGAACCUUGUAUCGGUUCCGCGACCCGAUGCAAGUCUGGUACAAUCUCAUCAUAAUAUUAGUAUGACUUUUGCAAACGUUGUCCUCGCGACCGCAUGGAUUCAUGUAAGCGCUCCGUCACACCGCACUAUUAAAGUCCGCGCUCUUUUAGAUGGUGGAUCGACGCACACUUUUAUAACCCGCGAACUGGCAAAUGCACUGCAAUCUCGGACGUAUCCGACUGUCGCGUUAAUCGGAGGCAUCGGGCAAAUGACAACGAAAUCGGCCGAUCGUGUGAUGCCGAUAACGGUCAGUCCGACGCAGAUUGCUACGCAGAUUUUUUCGACGGAUGCAUUAAUUUUACCAUCGUUAACGGUUUAUGUACCGCACUUUUACUGCAAGCUGUCGCACUGGCCGCAUCUUAAUGGACUUAAACUCGCUGACGGAUGCCCCACCGAUAAUACGCCCAUUCAUGCGAUUCUCGGUUCGGAUCUUUAUCCAUACGUACUUCGCGACGGGCUGCGGACUGGUACGACCGGUCAGCCGGUGGCACAGAAUACCGUUUUCGGCUGGGUCUUGUCGGGGGCCACUCGAACCAAAACUGAUGCAUCAUGUGAUGCAUCCGCGGUGCAUGUGCAUCAUGCACAGCUGCACGACUCAUUGAAGCGGUCACUCGUUCGCUUUUGGGAAAUAGAGGAGGUCAUGCAUCGUCCCCCCAUUUCAGAGGAAGACGCCCAAUGCGAACAACACUUUGUAUCUACGCACACGCACGCAAAGGAUGGAAGGUACAUAGUUCGUUUGCCAUUUAAAUGCAACCCAACACGCGGUCUAGGCGACACUCGCUCUCGCGCACAAUGCUGUCUCCUAGCGUUAGAGCGACGUUUGGCUAAAGUUCCCACCGCGUAUGAGACAUACCACGAAUUUCUCGAUGAUUAUGAACGACUUGGUCAUAUGCAAGUCGCAUCCAUCGACCCUACCGCAGAGUCUUGCUAUUUGCCACAUCAUGCGGUCCUCAAAGUCGAUAGUGCAACCACGAAAACCAGGGUGGUGUUCAACGCGUCGUCACCUUCGACGACUGGAACAUCCCUUAAUGACUUGUUGAUAAUCGGACCCAAACUGCAAACCGACUUGCAAUUAUUACAUUUACAGUGGCGUGCAUAUCGCUUUGUAUAUUCAGCAGAUGUGGAGAAAAUGUACCGCCAAAUUCAGGUCGAUCCAAGGGACGUAAAUUACCAGAGAAUUCUUUGGCGGUCUUCUCCGUCCACCGCAAUUCAGGAGUACCAACUACUCACCGUCACAUACGGUACCGCAAGCGCCCCGUUUUUAGCGUUACGCGUCCUUCGUCAACUGGCGGAGGAUGAAGGUCACGACCUUCCACUAGGAAGACAUGCGCUUUUUACGUCCAUGUUUGUGGACGACGCACUUUUUGGCGCAGAUUCUAAAGAUACCGUUAGAGAAAUUCGAGAUCAAUUGGUUGCCCUUCUUGCCAGAGGUCAGUUUGUCCUUCGGAAGUGGGAAAGUAAUGCAUCCAGCUUACUAGACGAUAUCGACCCGCAGAAUCAUGAUUUAGCACGCGAAAAGGUCAUUCAAGAAGAUGACCAGGUCAAAAUCCUUGGAAUAUCGUGGCAUCCGAUAUCCGAUAGUUACCGAUUUUUUGUGGCUAACGAAAGGUCCCCGCGAAUGACGAAGCGAUUGAUCUUAUCAACGAUCUCACGAUUAUUCGAUCCUCUCGGGUGGCUAUCGCCCGUGAUUAUUAAAGCAAAAAUUCUAAUCCAGUCGUUAUGGAGUCUCGAUCUGGACUGGGAUUCGCCACUUCCGACUGUGGUAGCCUCUGCAUGCCAAGUGUUCAUAGACGAAUUACCGUCGGUCGGUAAUGUCACUAUUCCACGUUGGAUCGGAUUAUUUUCGAACGUCCGAUUUUCACUUCAUGACUUCUGCGACGCCUCAACCAAGGCUUAUGCAACUGUGAUUUACAUCCGCAUCGAAUUACAAGACUCCAUAAUGAGCAUGCUGCUCACAAGUAAAACUCGAGUAGCCCCCCUCAAGCAAGUAUCUUUACCACGGUUGGAGCUAUGCGGAGCCGUUUUACUGGCCCGUCUCAUGUCACACGUCGUUUCAAUACCUGUGUAUGCCUCAGGCGAACGAUACUGUUGGACCGACGCAUCGCUCGUCCUCACCUGGGUUCGCGCGCAGUCUUCUAGAUGGAAAACGUUUGUCGCCAACCGUGUAGCCGAAAUACACACGCUUCUACCCGAUGUCAAUUGGCGACAUGUCCGCGGAGUUGAUAACCCGGCGGAUCUCGCCUCCCGUGGAGUCUCGGCCUUAACAAUUGAACAUAAUGAUUUAUGGUGGCAUGGCCCCCCAUGGCUUAUCGCUCCAGAAACUGAAUGGCCAUCCUGGGACCCCACGCCUAUCGACGAAUCAAUGUUGGAAUGUCGUAAUGUUCCCGUUACAGCUGCCCUCGCUACUCAGCAUUCUAAUGUCAUAUUGGAUCAAUUUUCCUCAUGGCCACGUAUGAUACGGGUAUGCGCCAUUAUAUUACGCUGGUCCAAAAAAUGGAAUGUCCAGAGUAACCCGCGCGUAACGAUUACGUCUGACGCUGAAGAGCUGAGGCGGGUUUCACAUCGCAUUUUUUAUCUCCUACAGCAAACCCAAUUCGCAACGGAAAUUGCUAUUCUGAAGCAGCAGAAACCCAGCGCCAUCUUACCACGGACGUCUGCACUACGGCGUCUAAACCCAAAACUCGGAACCGAUGGGCUUCUACGUAUCGGAAGUCGCGUGAUACCUAGCAACGUUCAAGAUACUACUGGGUGCCCUAUCAUUUUAAGGUCUUGCCCCGUCAUACGUCUCUUGGUACUCGAUGCCCAUCAACGAUGCUUGCAUGGUGGCAUAUCAUUAACCCUAGCGACCCUCCGAUGCAUGAUCUGGCUCGUCCAGGCGAGGAAAAUCGUUAAAUCUGUCGUGUAUAAUUGCCUCACCUGCGCUCGUAUACGUGCCGAGCUGCCGACACAGCUCAUGGGUUCUUUGCCACCGGCCCGAAUAACUCGCCCAACUCGUCCGUUCGCCAUCUGUGGCGUGGAUUAUGCUGGUCCAGUCGCGGUUCGCAUGGCGGGCGGUCGCGGUAUUCGGUCUCAGCGUUCAGGUUUACCAAGCCAAGUUUAUAGCGACAAUGGCACAAACUUUCAGGGAGCUGAUAGGGAGGUGAGCACUGCAUUCCGGCUCGCGACCCAUAGUCAUGAGCUGCGGCGACGCCUUGCGGAGGAUAGAGUUGAGUGGCAUUUCAUUCCACCCGCUGCCCCCCACUUCGGUGGUCUUUGGGAGACUGGUGUGAAAUCCGUUAAACACCACCUUACGCGAGUUCUGGGUGAUCGAACACCAACUUACGAGGAACUCAACGCUCUUCUCUGCAGGAUUGAGGCGUGUUUAAAUUCAAGACCACUACCUCCGCUUCUUGAUGAUCCAGAAAGCCUGGAAACAUUAACCCCUGAUCACUUCCUUAUCGGCGGUCCUGUAUCUGCGCUUCCGCUACCACCGGUUAUAGAUGUAGCCUCUAAUCGGUUGUCACGCUGGCAACUAGUUCAACAAAUGCUUGAACAAUUUUGGGCUCAGUGGUCUCGCGAUUACAUUCUGUCAUGUCAGCAUCGUUCGCGGUGGCUCACGCCACAAACCAAUGUAAAGGUGGGACAAAUCGUUCUCUUGAGACAACUCAAUCUCCCACCAACCAAGUGGGAACUUGCACGAAUCACGCAUUGCCAUCCGAGCCGCGAUCAAUUAGUUAGAGUCGUCACCGUCAAAACCAAGACGGGAGAUUAUAAGCGGCCAAUAACAAAACUCGCGUUAUUACCCGUCGAUUUGGAGUCUCAGAACGAUUCAUCCCAAUCCUCCCGCGAAGCUUAG